UGAGCAGUGCAGGAAGACAGCCAGCACGUAAGGAGGAGUUCCCCAGGCCGCAAGCAUCGGGAUUUCGGAGGCGGGGCCCGGAGGCAGGGCACGGAGGCGGAGCACGGUGUCUGUGACAGCUCCGUCAGCGGAGAAGAGGAGUUCCCGCAGAGCGGCCGUAUUGCUGAGCAGUUUCUGAAAGAGUAUUCCCCUGCCAUACAGCUAACAUCCCAGUGAUUCACUGUGGUAAUUCACCAGCUGUACACCAUUCUACUGGUCUGGAGAGAAGGUACUGUUUUAUUUUAUCUUUUGAAGCUGAGAACUCAGUUCAAGCCGGGAAAACAUCUGAGGCCAAGGAGGCGGGCACCACUGUCUUUGAACAUUUACGUUUUUGAAGACCAUUCGGGAUUAGCGACCAGUUCGAUUUCCCCGCGGAAAAGAACCGUCUGAAGCUAACUGUCAAAACCGUUAACUGACUGUUACGCCGUUCGGGCAUCUCGCGCCCAUUCUGGAAGAAAACUGUUAUCAACGUCUGGAGUUAGUUAAUCGGAGGAAGUCGAGAGCUCUACUGUCUUGAUUUAUUCAUUUCUAUUUGUUCAUUUGUUUGAUCACCAUUUUAUAUUGGAUCUAUUUAUUUAUUUAUUGUGUGGUUUAUUGACUUUCAAGUUUUUUUUUGUUUCCGGACUGUCAAAUAAUUCACCUGGUGUUUUACAUCCAAAUCUGUUUUCUUUUGAACAUACAAAGUAGAAAGUAAUAUUUCUUUUACUACUUUAGAGAGGUAACACAGAUUAAUCCUUGUUCAAAUAAAUGUUUGCUGUUUUCAUUGAGCCAGUUACAGAGGUCUAGGUUUUAAUUUUUGAAGAUUGUUCUGGGUUAGGGGCACUCCAUCACUCUGGCUGGUUGUUGUAAAGGCAGGAUCUGUGCAAGUGAGCUUCAAGUGCAUUGCAGAACGACGCUUCAGCUGACUGACAAGGAUCAAGUUCUGAAGCCUGUCUUACUACACCCAUUCACUACCAAAAGGUUUUAGAGUUAGGCCAGGGUGACAGAACACACACCUUCCAAACGAAGGCACAGGAGUUAAAGGGACUGACAGGUGUGGGCAGGGACCUGCAUUACUGUUAGUCGACCAGAGCAAGCUUAAUAUUUGUACCCUUUUUAGUUAGGAUUUCAAUCCUUUACAUUUGGCGUCACGAACAGGAUCUACAUUACAUUGGAAACCCAGAUUUAGUGCAGGAAUAUUGAUUUGUAGUCAUAGCUUCAACAUGUCGGAGUUGGAGGGUUUAAAGAAGGAUUUUGCUGAUUUACAAAGGAGGCUUGUAGAGCAGGCAGGUGCCUUGGAACAGGCUAGGAAUGAACAAAGAGAAGCUCUCUCCCUUGCCAAGGCAGUUAUUGAUCAGCAGGCUACAGCAUUGAGAGCACCAGCUGCGGUCGUCAUCCAUAGAGACCGUAAACUGCCAGACUUUGGGGGUGGAUCAGUAAGAGGCGGGGAUGAAUCUGUUGAGGAAUGGAUUGCCGAAAUGAAGUCAGCUUUUCGAGUGAUGAAAACACCCCAUGACGAUAGAGUUGAGCUGGUUAAGCAACACCUGAAGGGUGAAGCAAAGGCGACAGUUAAAUUUAUGCUGACGGAGCCGAUAGACAGUGUCGAAGAAAUAUUUGACAUUCUUAUUCAGACCUAUGGAGAUAAGACCCCAAUUGGCACAAGGUUAAAAGAAUUCUAUGAAAGAAAACAGAUGCCCGGGGAGACCAUUCGGUCUUAUGCAUAUGAUCUACAGGACAGGCUAGAACAUGUGAUAAGAAGAGAACCAAAGCGUGUCCCAGACCCCGAUGUUGUAUUAAAGGAACAGUUGGUCUUAGGACUGAAAGAGGACUUUUUGAGGAGGGAAUUGAAAAGGAAGGUUCACGAAAUGAGGAGCCUCACUUUUGUUGAGCUGUUACAGGCUGCAAUUGACUGGUCAGAAGAAGAAGAGAUGCCAUCUGACCCAGCUACCUUGGGUAGACCCAAAAUAAGGGGGGGUGUAAAUGCUGCUGUGGCAAUGGAGGAGAAACCAUCAUCUCUGACAAUGGAGAUGCUACAUGAGGAGAUAAAACGAAUAUCUGCUCGUCAGGAAGAGUUGUACCAUGCUCUGCAGAGAAAAGGGGAGGAGGCAGGACAGCGAGCUGCAGCUCCCAGGAGGGUAGCCCUACGAGAUAGUGAAGGGAGGUAUAUAUGCUAUAACUGUGGAGAGCCUGGCCAUGUUAGCAAGCACUGUUUGAGGAAAGUAGGCAAAGAGACAAGUCAAGCCCCACUCGAGGUCCCAAAUCCAGAUGUCAGACCAAGUAAUCGAAAUGGGUCUAAGGAGAACCCCAGUACUUCCAUCAUAGGGACCCAGAUGGCUGAGUGUAUCCUUGCGGAGGUAGAUAAUGAUCUCCGGAGGAGUGCUUUUGGGAAGUGUAGGACUGUCAGUCUAAAGAUUGGAGGAAUAGAGACAACCUGCCUGUGGGAUACAGGCUCUAACGUCACUGCUAUCACAGAGUCCCACUUCCGCAAACAUUUUGGGAAACAGGGAAUGUUGUCUGCCAACUGGAUCGAACUUACUGCCGCAAAUGGGCUGGAUAUCCCAGUAUUAGGGUGCCUAGAAGUUGAGGUGGAGUGUGUUGGCAGGACAGUGGGCAGAAAGUGCAUUUUUGUACUAACUGACACCCAUCCCCAUGUAGAAAAGUCAAAUGGGCUCCCUGGAAUUGUGGGCAUGAAUGUAAUAGAAGAACUUGAGGCCAUUUUUGCAGAUAACGGUGGUUACAUGGGGAUGGAUAAUCUCAAAGAGGGUGAGGCCAACAUUCGUAGGUUGGUUGCUAAAGUGAGGAAGGAAUCUCAGCGCAUAACUCCAGAUGGAAAGAUGGGGUUUGUGAAAGUGGCAGGCCGAGAACCGGUCAUGAUACCCCCGAUGAGUGAGAUGGUGGUAGAGGGCCAUUGUGAAGUUACAUCCAAAGUAGACUGCCCAGUGCUUGUUGAAACGGCACAAAGGUCAGGCCUUCCAAAGGGGCUUGUAGUGGCAAAUAUCUUGGCUAAAGCUACCAGUGGAAGGGUCCCCGUAAGGGUCAUGAACACCAGCGAGAAAGUCAUAAAACUUAUGCCACGGGCUAGAGUAGCAACCGUGAGCAAACCACAGGAGAUACUUUUGAAAGAAGUGGUGCAGGUGGUGGAGAAGGAGGGAGGUCUAGUUGUCAAACACCUAGAUGGUAUAGAGGUUACGCAGUUGGAAAAUGAGGCUGAACGGCUACCCGUUCCAGUCCAAGCAAAUACGGAGGGUCUGACUGAAUCUCAGUACCAACAACUUGUAAGUCUACUAGCCACCCACCAAGACGUUUUCUCCCAAAAUGAGAAUGACUAUGGGUACACUACAUCUGUAACCCAUUGUAUCUCUACCGGGGAUGCCCCUCCCAUCAAGCAGAGGCACCGUAGAGUUCCCCCGCAGGUCUUCCAGGAAUUCAAAAAACAUGUGCAUGAGCUUGUUAGCCAGGGCAUUCUUAAAGAGAGCACCAGUCCCUGGGCAUCACCAGCAGUUAUAGUCAUAAAGAAAGAUGGGAGUGUUCGAUUUUGCUGCGACUACAGGCGACUGAACCAAGUGACAUGUAAAGAUGCUUACCCACUCCCAAGGGUCGAGGAAGCUCUGGAUGCACUCGGUGAUGCACAUUUAUUUUCGACUCUAGACCUGACAGCUGGCUACUUUCAAGUAGCAAUGAAUGAAGAAGACCAGGGGAAGACUGCAGUUACCACACCCUUUGGUCUUUUUGAGUGGACAAGAAUGCCAUUUGGCUUAUGCAAUGCUCCAGCCACAUUCCAGCGGUUAAUGGGGCUUGUCUUAGGUGACCUGAGCUUUGACAUCCUGUUGGUUUACUUGGAUGAUAUCCUUGUCUACUCGCGAGAUUUUGAGAGCCAUUGUGAAAGGCUGGGGCUGGUGUUUCAACGACUCCGACAGCAUGGGUUGAAAUUGAAGCCAUCCAAAUGCUUUCUUUUACGCCCUGAGGUCAAGUUUCUAGGUCAUUUAAUCUCUGCCCAGGGCAUCAAAGUUGACAUGGAAAAGGUCAGCGCCCUGAAUUCCUGGCCAACUCCUAGGAGUGUCAAAGAAGUUAGGCAGAUGGGAGUUCACACGGACUUGGGGCAGUACUUAGCCAAAAGCAAGACGGGGUUGAAAGGGUGGUAG